AUGGCUGAUGACCAGGCGAAAAUAGAAAAGAGAAAGUUCCGCUAUGGAGAUGAGGAGAAGGAGAGGUUUAACAGGAUACUAAACUACUAUGAAGGGACACAUAACUUUCACAAUUUCACCGCACGAACAAAAGCAGAGGACCCUGCGGCCAAACGAUACAUUGUCUCGUUCAAUGCUAAUGUUGUAAUCAGCAUUGACGGACUUGAAUUUGUCAAGUGCGAGGUCGUGGGCCAGAGCUUCAUGCUUCACCAAAUAUGCAAAAUGAUUGGUCUUGCUGUGGCCAUCAUGAGGAAUUGUUCUCCUGAGUCGUUAAUUCAAACUGCUUUUGAUCCGAAGGUAAAUAUAAAUGUGCCUAUGGCCCCGGCGGUGGGUUUGUACUUGGACGAGUGCUUUUUCUCGUCGUAUAACAAAAAGUGGAAGGACAGCCAUGAAGAGCUCUCGAUGAGGGAUUAUGGGGACGAGGCUGAAGAGUUCAAGAAUAAGUACAUUUAUUCCCAUGUUGCCACAACUGAGCACAAGGAUGGGUCAGUGGCACUUUGGCUGCACUCUUUGAACUACCGUAAUUAUCCGGAUUUACAUUUUACUAGGGGCAAUGGCUCAGGCGGUGAUGGCAAGGGGAGUGGGUUUGUGAAUGGUUGUACUCUAUCUGAUGUGAAACAUGUGGAAGUUGAAAAUAUGGAUGAGUAA